AUGCAUCACUAUCAUCUCAUAUUGUUGACAAUGGCUGCUCUUCUCGGCAUAUGCACCGGGGCCACCGUAUCCACCGACUCGACGAUAGCGGCGGCAGACGUACCUGUUGUUGGCUUGUCCACUAAAAAGCCCUAUGGUGUCACUGCCAAGAGGCCGACGAAAGCGUCUGCAGCCACAAACACCGGCAAUGAAGAUAGGGGCAACGCUGCUAAUUUGAUGCAAGCUGGGACAUCAAAGCUCGAUGAUCUUGUCACGUCCGCGAAUUUAGAGACGUUCAAGUUUUUGGUGAACAACUUGCAGCUUGGUGAUGACUUCGUUGCUUCUCUGAGAAGCUCGCAGCUGAAAAAUCUGAACACAUUUCACUCGAGUAACCGGAGAACUAGGGACUCAGAAAAACACAUAUCAUUGAUUGCACCACUUACUGCAAAGUACGGGGAUGAUGCAGUAGCAAAAGCACUUGUGAAACUAGAGCGGGACACGAAUACGCCUCCAGAAAUGGCUACACUGGUACAGCAAUUGCGGAGUGAACAACUGACAUAUUGGCUACAGAACGGCAUAUCUGGUUACGAUGUUUUCAAACUACUAAAGCUGGAAGACGACGGCUACGAAGCUCUUCACCGUCUCAAGUUUCAGGCUUUAGAAGACUACAUCACGAAAAUUAACUCGGAGAAAUCAGCAGGUGAAACGAUGCUUAACGUCUUGACUAAAGCCUUUGGGGACGAGAGCAAAUUGGUGCCGCUUAUCGAGACAGCGAAGUCCAGACGGCGUUCGAUGAUGAAGGGUUUCGAAUUGGAAGCGGCUUUACUGGCGAAGUGGCGGAGCGAUGAUUUACCACUGAAUGAGAUCUGGGUACGGCUAAAGAUCGGCAACAAUGUGUAUGACGCUUUGAAAAGUGCGGAGCUGAGACUGUUCUCCAAGUACGUUUUCAAGUACUACCCUACCAAUGAGAAGGCGGUGGUUGAGAUGCUAAUAGCAACAUACGGAGACGUUCGCGUGGCAACGGCGCUCGGAAUAGCCAAUACGAAAGCGACCACAGCGGAUAUAGCGGCAAAGUUACAAGUGCAGCAGCUAGAGGGAUGGCUUUCGAGUCAGAGAUCCGCUAAUGAUGUCUUCAAAUUGUUAAAGAUCGAAGAGGAUGGGUUACGUUUUGUAAACAGCCCGAAAUGGGAGAUUCUGUCCGAGUUUAUCAAGGUAUUCAACUCCAACAAAAAUCCCGAAGACAUGACGGACAUGUUCACGGUGUUAAGGAACGUUUAUCAUGACGAUGGUAAGUUUGUUCUUAUGCUCACUAAAGAACAGACGUCGGGUGCUCCACUGAUAGCCAAAACGGCCAUACAAUAUCGGGAUGUGCUGCUUGAGGAAUGGAUUCGAAGUGAUAUUAAGCCGACGGAUAUCUACCGGAAGUUUUUCAACGGAAAAGAGGGUAUUCAGGAAAAGAAGAUUGUAGCCCGAUACACGGAAUAUUACGACGAGGAGAUGGAUAUCCCGGUUCACGUGCUCUCUGCUCCGUUGUAG